UGGCAGGAUUCUCUGUCUUUCAGCCUCCCUUUCACACACACGCACACGAUGGCUGAAGUGGUCAGCUGCAGGUGACAGCAGACAGAAGGACACUGGUGGUUUCUGACACUGGGGGGUGAAGCCUAUUCACUGUCACCAGUUGUUUCUUUCUGCCCAUCAGUGGUCACAUAUUACACCAGGCAGCAACAUCCACCACAACAGAGUCUCCACGAUCAUGGCUAUUACCGACUUUCUAGCAGCCUCAGACAUCACUUCAGCUAUUAAUGCUUGUAAAGCAAAGGAUUCCUUUAGCCCGAAGAUGUUUUUCAAAACAGUGGGUUUAUCCAAAAAAACUCCAACAGAGAUCGAGAGGGUCUUUAAGAUUUUGGACCAGGACAAAAGUGGCUACAUAGAACAGGAUGAGUUACAGCUGUUCCUGCAGAACUUUGUCAAAGGAGCAAGGCCCCUGACCGCAGCCGAGACCAGAGCUUUCCUCCUGGAGGGAGACUCAGAUGGAGAUGGGAAGAUCGGCUGGGAAGAGUUUUCUGCACUGGUCAAGUCUUCAUAAGGGCCAGCAUGAUCUUGAUGAUUCGUUGUAUGGUGAUGAGCUCAGGGUGGACCUCUUUUUAUAAUGUGUCCUAGCUGCAGAAGAUUAAAUGGACUCAUCCAGGGAUCCUAUGUGUUUAGAGUCAUAAAGUAAAAUAUAUCAUAGUUUAAAUGGGAAAUAAUAAACUCAAGUCUUUCCCUGCCAGAAGAGUUCAUAAAUAAACCUGCU